CUAUAAGCACUCUAGCUAGCUAGUCAGUUAGCUAGUUAAGUAGCUAUAAGCACUCUAGCUAGCUAGUUAAGUAGCUAUACGCACUCUAGCUAGCUAGUUAAGUAGCUAUAAGCACUCUAGUUGGCUAUUUAAGUAGCUAUAAGCACUCUAGUUGGCUAUUUAAGUAGCUGUUAAGUAGCUAUAAGCACUCUAGCUAGCUAGCUAGUUAAGUAGCAAUAAGCACUCUAGCUAGCUAGUUAAGUAGCUAUAACCACUCUAGCUAGCUAGUUAAGUAGCUAUAAGCACUCUAGCUAGCUAGUUAAGUAGCUAUAAGCACUCUAGUUGGCUAUUUAAGUAGCUAUAAGCACUCUAGCUAGCUAUUUAAGUAGCUAUAAGCACUCUAGCUAGCUAUUUAAGUAGCUAUAAGCACUCUAGUUGGCUAUUUAAGUAGCUAUAAGCACUCUAGCUAGCUAUUUAAGUAGCUAUAAGCACUCUAGCUAGCUAGAUAAGUAGCUAUAAGCACGCUAGCUAGUUAGAUAAGUAGCUAUAAGCACUCUAGCCAGCUGCCAUGGGAGAAAGCAGUCCGCCGUCUCCGACGCUGCACUUGGAUCUCGACAACUUUGAUACGACGGACGCCGAGGACAGCACGUAUGUUUUAACCAGUCCGCGGUCGUUGGAAUCAUGUGCAAGACUGGGCGUCAAACCCGUUCAACUUUUAAUAAAAUCUCUAAGCGAUUUCGUUGAUGACAACGUAAACCCAGAUAUCCCGUUUAAGGCACUGACAGUUCUGUACGAGGCGUACGAAAAGGAAGGCAGGGGGAUUUUGCAGCUGUGCCGUGAAGAGAGAGAGAAGAUUGUUUUAGAAACUAAAGAAAGACGACCGUCUCUUAAACUGUCUGCCCUCGAAACUGUCGUCGAGGUAGAAAGUCGGAACUCUCUCAAAGAUCCCAAAUCAAGAGAGGACUCCUGUGAUGGUUUGAGAACGCAAACUAAUCAAUCUGUGGACCACAGCCCCAGAAGGAAAACUGUGAGCAAUGGCAGGUCCUCUUAUUCUGCUGCUAUCACCAGAGAACAAAACAGAAACAGCUUGAGACCAACUAACAAGAACAUGAUGGUGUCCAGCCUAAGUCUUGGUGACCUCCGACACUUCCCAGCCACAGAAAGACAGUUGGAGAGGCUCACUCGAGACGUCAGGAAGAAGAUGAAUGUCACAGUCCCAGAGAAAGACCGUAAGAUAGCUGCUCUGAUGUUGGUGAAGCACCAAGAGAAGCAGACCAGGCUGAUGCUGAGCCAGCAGGAGGAGCAGGAGAGAGAGGAGGCCCGGAGGCAGGAGGAGGUGCGACGGGUCCAGGCGGAGCGCAGGAGGAAGAAGGAGCUGGAGAAGAGCAUGCAGCGGUGGCAGGAUGGGCUGGAGGCGCGGAGGAGGCAGAAGGAGCGCCAGGAGAAGGAGUUGGCCGGUCAGCGCGAGCAGGAGGUGCUACUGCAAGAGGAUCGCUGGAGGAGGCUCACAGAGGAGCAGGAGGUGCGGAAAAGAGACAAGAAAGAGAUGGCGAGGAGAGAAGCGGAGGAGCGCAAAUGCCUCCAGGAGCAGCUGCUCAAAGACAUGGAGCGUCUGGAGCAGGCAGGGAGAGAGAAGGAGGUGCAGCUAUCGCAGGAGAAGGAGCAGAGGGCCAGGAGGAGCAGGGUGAUCCGAGAGAGGAGGGAGAGGAAGAGGCUCCAACAAGAGAACCAGGGGGAGCAUCUCAGAUGCCUCCUCCUGAAGAGGGAGGUGCAGCAGCAGAUGGAGGAGGAGGAGGCGCUGAUGAGGAGUGCCCUGGAGGAGAAACUGCAGCGCUCCUGGGAGAAGAGGGCCCAGGCAGUGGCGUUGCGCCUCAGGGAGCUGCAGGAGAGAUCGGCCAGGGAGGAGGAGCAGAUCCAGAGGGCCCAGCUCCGAGCCUCCUGGCACAGCCAACAGCAGCUCAGAGAGAAAGAGGUACUGGCCCAGCUGAGUCAGCGUCGUAUGGAGCAGGCAAGCCAGAACGCUCACACCCAGAGGAGGAGCAGGGCACAGCGGGCACAGCAGGAAAACAUGGAGAGACUCCUCUGCCACCAGCGCCUCCUAGACAGUGUACAGAGAGAGGAGGAGACUGAGAGGCAGCUGAGAGAAUGCUGCCUCUCCCUGAAGGAGCGUCGGAGGGAGCGUCUGCAGAGGCAGAGAGAGGAGGUGCAGGAGGAGGCUCGUAGAGUGGCUCGCGCCUCCUUCCAUAUGAGGGAGAAGGUGAGGGAGGCGACGGACGGCAGGACUUUCCACCAGAUGGCUCUGCAGGCUCAGCUAGCUGCCUCCCUGCUGGACCGUGGAAAAAUAUGAACAUUCAUCUGUGUUUUUACAUUCAGCACGACACACAAAUACUAAGAAUCGUACAGUAUUACAAACCACUACACACAAAUACUAAGAAUCGUAUUACAAACCACUACACACAAAUACUAAGAGUUGUAUUACAAACCACUACACACAAAUACUAAGAAUCGUACAGUAUUACAAACCACUACACACAAAUACUAAGAGUAGUAUUACAAACCACUACACACAAAUACUAAGAGUAGUAU